UUAUCAUUUUCCUUUUGUUAUGGGGUUCAGCGGAUUAAGAGAGAGAGAACAGCGACCUCGACUGUGCUGUGUCUGCAAUCAGUUCCUUGCUCUUAAUUUUCUAUCCUCAUUUUGCUCUGCAUCAUUUUCAGAAGGCGAUGGUCUAUUUCCCCUCUGCAAAAGGGAGAGAUAGAUGCAUCCGUAGGUUCGAUCAAUAGGCUAGAGAGAGAGAGAGAGAGAGAGGUUGUCUGCUGUAUAAGAAGAGAGCAAAGCGGAAUAAAAUAAAAGAGAGGAAAAAAUAAAGCUACCAGUCAGAAGGACAACGAUGUAUGUGUUUUAAGGCUCCUGGACGCCCCUCCUGCAACUCUCAUGAGGCAGGUUCUCCCCAGAUGACAUGGUUGUGCUAAAUCCGCUGCCACCACCACUACCACAGUCGCCGCCAAGGCAAAGCCACCACCGUGCGGAGAAACCACAAAGGAGGAAACAAACAAAAGGCGCAGGAGAAGCGGCGGGAUCAACCAGCAGCAGCAGCAUAGGUGGGGAGUAAGGUGUAAGAAGUUCUGAAUUCUAUGUCCGAGAGCCUGCAAGAAGGAGGCUUCGGAUUCACCGAUGGUUUUGGGAGGCCAAGAGUCCGGAGCCACCAACAACCCCAAAUCCAAGCACCCCACAUCGCUCAGCAACUCCGCCGUGAUAAAUUGAGAUUCUUCCCGGGAACGUCUAGCCUCGACAACAUCCUGGAAGGUCACCAGCAGCAGCAUCUGCAGCAGCAGGAUCCACACAUCCAAGGCUACGAGAGCUCAAGCAUGAUGCUCUCGGAAAUGUUCAACUUCCAACCGGGAGCAGAUCUGCUCGGCAUCCCCUCCCAUCUACAUGGAAAGCAUGGAAACAUUGUGAAUUGGAAGAGCCACAACAGUGGCAGCGGCAACGGCAACAGCAUCACCAAUGAUUGGUACAGCGGUGGUAGGCAAGCCGGGGUCUUGAACCCAAACCCCCACCCUCACUUGACUUCUUUGGGAGUAUCAAAGGAAAGCGGUGGCAACAAUAACCACGCUGGCCAUGAUGAUGAUCAUGAUAACAUCAACAAUAACGUUAGCAAUAACAAUAACACCGGCAAUAGGCAUGAGAAUAAUAGCGGUAAUAAUAUAGGGCAUCAUCAGAUUUCCAGCAUAAAUGCAGAUGCGGCAGCCAUGCAGCUGUUCCUGAUGAACCCGGAGCCGGAGCAGCCCUCAGCACCACUUCACAUGCUUCUUCCCGGCCCCUCCGCGGACGCCCAUCAACUCCAGCAACUGCAUCACAACUUCUCGCCCACCACCGCCUUUUCGGCCACUGCCAACAACGUGAUUCCGGCAGCCGUGCAGCUGCAGCAGUUGAAUUGGGGCGGAAGCGGCGCAGCUGCAGCCAGCAGUGGCGUUGGGAAGUUGAGGAAUUGGGGAGGGGGAGGUGAAGCAGAAGGCGGGAAGAUAGCGGAGAAUCAGGGGCUUUCGCUCUCUUUAUCAUCGCUGCAGCACCUGGAAGCGGCCAUGCACGGAGGGGAGGGGGCUGCAGCGGCCGUGGCUGGAGGGAAGGCGGAGGAAUUGAGAAUGGAUGGAGUAGUCUAUUACCCUUCUCAAGCUCAUCAGAGUGGGCUGUACGCACUGAAGAGCGGUAUAGUUGCCAAUAGUGUUGUUGGUGCUGGUGGUGGCGCUAGUGUGCCGGGCCUGCAGGCUCUCCAGGUUCACCUGGGCUCGAGCCCCAUGGCCUCCGUCUCAAUCCACUCGUCUAUGAUCCUGAGGAACUCCAAGUAUCUAAGGGCUGCCCAAGAGCUAUUAGAAGAGUUCUGCAGUGUUGGGAGGGGGCAGAUAAAGAGCAGAAGGUUAGGGAAGCAGGAGAGCUCUAAAUGGGGAUCCACCAAUAACACGGGGGACACGAACCCUUCCUCUUCUCAAUCUCCUCACGCUCCACUGUCUUCUUCUGAUAGAUUUGAACACCAAAGGAAGAAAACCAAGCUCCUUGCCAUGUUGGAUGAGGUGGACAGAAGAUACAACCAUUACUGCGAGCAAAUGCAGCAGGUUGUUAACUCAUUCGACUCGGUGUUGGGGAUUGGGGCAGCACUGCCGUAUACAUGUCUUGCUCAGAAGGCCAUGUCAAGGCAUUUUAGAUGUUUGAGGGACGCAAUAGCCGGCCAACUGAGGACUACUAGCGAGCUCCUUGGCGAGAAGGACGUGAGUGGGUUGACAGGAAUCACUAAAGGAGAGACACCAAGGCUUCGUCUGCUCGAUCAAACCCUGAGGCAGCAGAGAGCCUUCCACCAGAUGGGCAUGAUGGAGCAGGAAGCAUGGCGCCCACAGAGAGGACUUCCAGAGCGCUCGGUUAACAUCCUCAGAGCCUGGCUUUUCGAGCACUUCCUUCAUCCGUACCCGAGUGACGCGGAUAAGCAUCUGCUGGCUCGACAGACCGGCCUAUCUAGAAACCAGGUGUCCAAUUGGUUCAUUAAUGCCAGGGUUCGGUUGUGGAAACCCAUGGUGGAAGAGAUGUACCAAGAAGAAGCCAAAGACGACCAUGGUGCCUCUGGCUUCGGCUCUGCUUCCGCUUCUGCUGCUGCUGCUGCAACUGGCGCUGGCUCAGCAGCUGCAGAGGGAGCAGCGGGGUCAGCCGGCAAAAGAUGCGAUGUUAAUAUGGCAGAAAAGGAUGCGACGGCCAAUCCUGCUCAGACCGCAAUCAAUAAACACCCCAAUUUGGCAGCAACCCUCGUCAGCAUCACCAGCCACCACCACACCAUUUCCAGCCAAAACGAUCCCGGAAAAGAAGCCGGAAGCCUCCUUCUGGACGACUCCCCACCACAGGAUCCUGUUCCUCCGCUCUCCGGCGACUCUGAUUCUUUCGAAUUCUCUGGCCGGAUGCCCGUUGACGCCGAGCCCGGUCUCUCCCUGCCCGUUGGGUACGGUGGUAACGGGCUCUACCAUGGUCGCGACCUGAGCCAUAUAUCUCUGACGCUCGGACUCCGGCACGCCGGCGGCUUGCAGGAGCAAAGCCGGUUCACUGUACGUCCCGGGGGCCGAGGGUUUAAAGCCGGGGAGAGCCAACUCCUGCGGGACUUCGCCGGUUAGCUUAGCUAUAAUGCAGCUGCAUUGGUGCAAACUCAGUAUUAAUGUGGCGCCGGGAAUUUUUCUGGUUGCCUGAAUUCAACUCGGAAUCCAGUGUAGAUUGGAAAUCAGGUACGCCCUCUGUAUACGUAUAUACAUUAUAUGUACGUGUGGAUGUAUGAAAGGGAUUCUGUAUUGAAAUUAUAUCGUGUCGGAAGACACGAUCGAAAUGCUUAGAAUUUUAGGUUUUCUGUAACUCUUUUAAAUCCUCUUUGUUAAGUGUAGGGAUGUAUUAUAAUAGAUUGUUAGAAACAAUAUCUUCAUUAUCACCAUCAA